CAAGCUAUUCCCACAGCAGUGAAGCUGAGUCGAGCCAUUCUUCAAUUCACGAAACAUGGCCACCGAUUCCCCGUCGGAGGAUUCAACUCCGGCCGCUGAUGGCUUUAUCGCCAGCGACCCACUGUCGAGCCCGUUCGGCUCCCUCAACGACCUCUGCUACGAGCUCUCGUCUCUCCAAGAGCUCGCCACUCGAGGCUCAUGGCGUUCCAUUCUCGACAAGGUCUCUCGCGCCCGCAAGCUCUCUCUCCUCCAAAAGCCCCACGAACACCUAUGCUAUUUCUCCUACAACGUCCUGGCUCUCAUCAAGCUCCGUCGAUACGGCGACGUUUCGGAGGAGCUGGCAUCGCUGGAGGAUCUCGAUCACUCCAUCUACCAGUACGAAUCACACCCUGAUGUGUACCCCGGCCGGUCUGGUUCCAUGAUUCCGUUCGCUCUCCGGUGGAUCCAUGCCGAGAUUCCGUUGAAAUUGGGGAAGCGCCAGGAAACCCUAGAUCGGUUGUAUACGCUGCUCGAUUUUGCGCGGACGAGGGUGGAUGAGAAAGGGUCGAGGGGGCUGGGGGUUUCUGCGGAUGUGUGGAAGAGGAGGGAGGUUUUUGUGGUGAAUUCGAUAAUCGGGCACCAUUUGAGUCACAAGGAAUUUGGUGUGUGUGUGAGUUUGAUCAGGCAGUUACUGAGCGGCAGAUGCCGCGAUGAUCCGGCGCUGGUGUCGAAGCUCGGCUGCAUUCAGCUGCAGAUUGGGGAUUUGGAGGGGGCGAAGGCGUCGUUCGAACUGGUAGAGAAGAUGGGUAAGGAAGAGAGAUUAGGUUCAUUGAGCGAAAUUGAGUUCAAGAACCUUGUGAAUCGGAAUAAGGCGCUGGUUUACUUAGUGGGAAAAGAUUAUGUGUCUGCAGUGAGGGAGUACGAGGAGUGCAUUGAGAGGGAUGGUUCGGAUGUUGUGGCUAUCAAUAACAAAGCUCUGUGCUUGAUGUAUUUGAGGGACUUAUCGGAUUCGAUCAAGGUGUUGGAGAAUGCCCUCGAAAGGGUUCCUACAGUAGCUCUGAAUGAGACUCUUGUGGUUAAUUUGUGUAGCAUGUAUGAGUUGGCCUAUGUUAAUCAUUCUGAUAUUAAGAGGACGCUGAGCAAUUGGAUUGCUCGAGUUGCUCCUGAUGAUUUUGAUUCAUCUUGUACUCGAAUAUGAGGUAUUCUUUCUUCAGAAUUGGCACCCUUCCUUUUUGGGCUUGAUUUAUCUACAUGUUUUAUACAUUGUCAAAUCUGUUUCUCUGGUAAUAACUAAUAAUUGAUGGUUUUGAGAUGAGA